AUGUUUUCGCCAUUACUCCUUCUCACUUAUUCCUCUCUCUUCCUUCCCGCAAUAUGCACUCCCCUUCACAAAAGCAACGGCCUUGCUAUCAAAACAACCAGUGGUGAUGUUCAUGGCUUUAUUAAUCAAACAGCACCACAAGUCCUACAGUUCUUAGGAAUCCCGUACGCAGAGCCUCCGGUUGGAGACCUUAGAUUCGCAGCACCACAAACUAAAGCUAAAGGUUCCUCCAUAAACGCUACAGCUUUCCCUCCUUCUUGUCUUCAAGGGUCUAGCCCUACCGCCAAUGUUUAUACAGAUGUUGUACCGCAGUUCUUGAUUGAGGGAGGGCAGAGUGAAGAUUGCUUGUAUUUGAGUAUUUGGACUCCGGCAAACCCGACGAAAAAAACUCUGCCUGUUUUAAUAUUUAUACCUGGAGGUGGCUAUGCCGGUGGUGGAGAGGAUAUUCCCUAUCAUAAUCCAGAUCUUUGGGUCCAAAAAACUCAAUCCCAUAUUGUGGUUUUGCUGAAUUAUCGCUUAAAUGUCUUCGGAUUUCCAAACGCAAAGGCUAUCACGGAGAAUAGAAACCCAGGAUUACUUGAUCAGAGAAAAGCGUAA